UCUCAGAAGUGAAAAGACGGUCAGCCUCACUCAUGGUAAGUUAAAAUAGAGACCGUUUUAAAAGUCUACCUUAUUGAAAAACGGGCAAAGGAUAUGAAGAGUUUGUUCACAGAGUGAAAAAUCGAACGCUCUCAGAAGUGAAAAGAUGGUCAGCCUCACUCAUGGAUAUAAAACCAAUGAAGGGCGGGCGCGGUGGCUCAAGCCUGUAAUCCCAGCACUUUGGGAGGCCGAGACGGGCAGAUCACGAGAUCAGGAGAUCGAGACCAUCCCGGCAAACAAGCAUUUACUGGAUGUCUAUCCUGGGAUGAUUAAGAUUACUGGCCUCAAGAAGCUGACACAGAAACAAAUAUUAUGACAUGUGAGAUACAAUAAUAAGUAUUUGGAAGGACAUAAACAUUUCUUCCUCUGUGCUUCUUGGAACAAUUGAGAAAGUUCUAAAUCGAGGAGAAAUGAAGCAUAGACAAAUUGAUGAUCACUUAAGUACACAAAUCCGCAGAAAGGCAAUCUCCUCUAGAGAAACUCCCUCACUAAUUUCAUUAUUUCAAACCCACACAUAAGAUGAAGUUAAACUGAAGCUAACAUGAAACAGACUAAGAAAAAUGGCUUUGUCAGCCCAACAGAUACCCAGGUGGUUUAACUCAGCUAAGUUGAGGAGCCUCAUUAAUGCUGCACAACUCACAAAAUGUUUUACUAGACCAGGGAGAACGUUGUUACAUGGCUUUUCUGCUCAGCCUCAGAUAUCCUCUGACAAUUGCUUUCUCCAGUGGGGAUUUAAGACUUACAAGACUUCCUCCUUAUGGAAUAGUUCCGAGUCUACUAGCUCAAGUAGUCAAGAGAAUAAUUCUACCCAAAGCAGUCUGCUUCCUUCCAUGGAUGAACAGUCACAGAAGACACAAAAGAUACCCAGCUUUGAUUCUGAGCUGUUUCUAGAAGAACUGGAUGAAUUGCCUCCAUUGUCUCCAAUGCAGCCAAUUUCAGAGGAAGAGGCUAUUCAGAUUAUUGCAGACCCUCCAUUGCCACCAGCUUCAUUCACACUUCGAGACUAUGUGGAUCAUUCUGAGACUCUGCAGAAGUUAGUUCUUCUAGGAGUGGAUUUGUCCAAGAUAGAAAAACAUACAGAAGCAGCAAAUCUCCUUCUGAGACUGGAUUUUGAAAAAGACAUUAAGCAGAUGCUCCUGUUUCUGAAAGACGUGGGUAUAAAGGAUAACCAACUGGGAGCAUUCCUGACAAAAAAUCAUGCAAUUUUCUCUGAAGACCUUGAAAAUCUGAAGAUCAGGGUGGCUUAUCUGCAUUCAAAAAAUUUCAGUAAAGCAGAUGUUGCACAGAUGGUCACAAAAGCACCAUUUUUGCUGAACUUUUCGGUGGAAAGACUGGAUAACAGAUUGGGAUUUUUUCAGAAAGAACUUGAACUUAGUGUGAAGAAGACUAGAGAUCUGGUAGUUCGUCUCCCAAGGCUGCUAACUGGAAGUCUGGAACCCGUGAAAGAAAAUAUGAAGGUUUACCGUCUUGAACUUGGUUUUAAACAUAACGAAAUUCAACAUAUGAUCACCAGAAUCCCGAAGAUGUUAACUGCAAAUAAAAGGAAACUUACCGAGACAUUUGAUUUUGUGCACAAUGUGAUGAGCAUUCCCCACCACAUCAUUGUCAAGUUCCCACAGGUAUUUAAUACAAGGCUGUUUAAAAUCAAAGAAAGACACUUGUUUCUUUCCUAUUUAGGAAGAGCACAGUAUGAUCCAGCAAAACCUAACUACAUCUCUUUGGACAAACUCGUAUCUAUUCCUGAUGAAAUAUUUUGUGAAGAGAUUGCCAAAGCAUCAGUACAAGACUUUGAUAAAUUCUUAAAAACACUUUAGAUUUUUAUGUACAUUAAAAUGCAAUAUUGUAAAGUGAAUAUAUGUAUGAAUAAAUGAAUAUAUUUUUAAAUGC